CCGGGGGAGCGACCCAGGCAACAGCAGCUGCGCUUCCCUGGAGUAGCUUUAACUACGUCCCAAAAUGUUUGAAAGCCGACGGGUUUUCCAGCAGGAACUCGGGGCUUUCAGAGCAAACUGCUGGGGGACAGGAGUCCCGACUGUUCAAGUCAGCUCCUUUGAGAAGAUUUAAACAAACCACAAACAAAAAAAGCCCAUAGCAAAACAAUAAACAACCAAUAAACCACAAACCAAACUGCAAGCUAAAAAAAUAAAUCCAUUUUCUAAAUCUUUUUAGAAAAAUAUGUUAUUUUUAUGGCCAGCUUUGCUUUGCAGCUUACCAGCCUUACCCAACGCUUUUCCGUUUCCCAGCUCCCCCCUCUCCUCGUUUCUUUAAUUAGAAAGAAAAAACAAUUAGAGCCAUGCAAAGCAAAAUCUGAGAUUUAAAGAGCUUUUCCCCUGCUCGUUCAUGGAGGCCGUGUCCACCAGCUAAUUGCUCAGGAAAUCCACGCUCCCCAUUGUCGCCUUGUCCUUAAGCUGCUAAUUCGGGAUGCUGGGGCAGGGAAUACAGCCCUGCGAGAGGGACCCGGGGACGGGGCGGGCUCAGCUUUAAUCCCCAGCCCUGCCCAAUGGAAAACGUUGCCCGGCGAGACCCCUAAAGGCCCCCCCAGCCCCUGCCCAGACACUGGGCCCAUUCUCGUGUCCCCUUUUCCCAAGACGCGAUGGCUGCAGCGCUGGGCAGUUUUGUUUCCUCUGCGAACAAAGGAAAGCAGAGAGCUGCUGCCGGCGGCUGGAGGCUCCAAAGAUGAAGGGCUGAACCUUUCCAAAGCCCGGCACGCAGAUCUUCCGCGUGGGAUUAAAUCGAAGGAGAAAUGUGGGGCUGUCAGGGAGGAAUCGGGCUGAAAUGGGGCGGCUUGAGGUCCUGGGCUCAGCCCCGGCCGCUCUGCCGAGGAUGAAAGGAUUUGUGCUGGAGAUGUAGCAAGGUGCUGAGCAACCUUCCUGGAAUGUGUUUCUUCAAGAAGAAAAGAGAUCACUGCCUUAUUUUAUGGAUGUCACUGAAGUAGACUUUGAAGUUCUUUGGAAACACAUCACAGACUUGGCAUGGGAAACCACAGCAACAAUCAUACCUGUUUAACAGAUGAUUCCUUUAAGUACAACUUGUACGGAGCCGUGUACAGCGUGGUCUUCAUCCUCGGUUUGAUUACUAACUGCGCCUCCCUCUUUGUUUUCUGCUUUCGAAUGAAAAUGCGAAGUGAAACAGCCAUUUUCAUGACAAACCUGGCUGUUUCGGAUUUGCUUUUUGUGUUCACUUUGCCUUUUAAAAUAUUUUACAAUUUCAACAGGCACUGGCCUUUUGGAGACAGCCUGUGCAAGAUCUCUGGGACGGCGUUUCUCACCAACAUCUACGGGAGCAUGCUGUUCCUCACCUGCAUCAGCGUUGACCGUUUCCUUGCGAUCGUCUAUCCCUUCCGAUCCCGCACCAUUAGGACCAGGAGAAAUUCCGCCAUAGUCUGUGCUGGUGUUUGGAUACUGGUCCUCAGUGGUGGAAUUUCGGCUUCACUGUUCUCCACCACCAACAUUUCCAACAGCAGCACAACCUGUUUCGAAGGUUUUUCCAAACGUAUCUGGAAAACCUACCUGUCCAAGAUCACUAUAUUUAUUGAAGUGGUAGGAUUCAUAAUACCUUUGCUACUCAACCUCACGUGCUCCUCUUUAGUUCUCAGGACUCUCCGUAAACCUGCCACAUUGUCUCAGAUCGGGACGAACAAAGAGAAGGUGUUGAAAAUGAUCAUUGUGCACGUGGCCAUCUUUGUCGUGUGCUUUGUGCCUUACAAUUCCAUACUCUUCUUGUACGCUCUCGUGCGGUCCCAAGCGAUAGCAAACUGCUCCUUGGAGAGGUUUGCGAGGACAAUGUACCCCAUCACGUUGUGCAUCGCCACCAUGAACUGCUGCUUUGACCCCUUCAUCUACUACUUCACAUCAGAAUCCUUCCAGAAGUCUUUCAACAUCAAAACCCAGAUAAAAAUGGAUUCUCUUUUCAAGACAGAGACACCUCUAACAAAGACUGCGCUACCAGCGCCGCAGGAUGAAAUAAGUGAUCAGGCGAUUACGAAUGGAGGGGACCCAACAUCUGAAUCACAUUUCUAGAGGGAUGUUUACAUGUGGAGUUAUCCCCCAUUAACUUUUGAUUAACACCAUGUAUGAAACAGGCAUUGCAAAAAUAUAUCGGUUCAUGUAUAGUGUUAAUGAAGAAAAGUUGCUGGGGUAUAACUGCACAGGUAGACACGUCCUUGCACCGGGAUGGUCCCAUCAGAUGCAAUAGGUGAACAUGAAAGGUAAAAAUCCCAAUGGACCUCCCCUUUGGAGAUCAUGUGUAGGUAACAGCGUACGUGCAGACUACAGCGGUAACAGAACAGUUCUUUAAUCAGAAGAUGCCAACAUUUGGCAAUUUUUCCCCAGCAGUUGAUGUGGGAGCAGUUGGGAAAUAGAAAAUUUAAUUUUCUUAGAGAUAUCUGCUAAUAUUUCAUGCCUUCUGGAGAUGCAGCAUCAUAUGUCAAAUCAAUAACUUCACACAAUAUAUAUGUUUGCUUAAAAAGGCGUAAUAAAAGCUUUUGGCUUUUCCUUAUUUCACUGCAA